CGUCAGUUGAGCCGCAUCCCUACCUCAACGGCCCAGUCUGGCGGCCCGCCAAUCAAACACGCAAAUCUUUUUCCUGUUGGGCUGUUGGGGGUGAACUGAUGGACCACGUCGACUUUUGUCCAGUACUUACAGUCAAUUGAUGAUGCCUGUGGAAUACGACCGAUUUAGCACCAGGGUCGGUACUUCGACGUGAUCAGAAUCCACGAGCUGUUUGCUUGACACGGAGAGUCGGUACAGAAACCCUGCUAGAGAACGGCCACGAAGCUCGAUUGUUUGUCUGAUAGAGAAUGGCCACGAAGCUCGAUUGUUUGCAGCUUUGUCGUGGUUUCAGAUGGACCUCUAUGGGCAUAUCGACAUAUUUGGCGCAAGCAAGGCAGAUCCCGCGGCGUCCCGGUUGAUCAACAGCACGGCUGAGAGGGGGCCAGCCCAUCACCACAACCGGCAAUGAGAUUGACGCAAACAUGAGCCAACACUCUCCCAAGACUUCUCUAUACUUAUGGCUCAUGCCCUGGAAAAACCUCCUUUCUAAUGCUUCAAAUCAAUCUUUCUGUACCAAGGUUGCCCGAUUAUCUCGAUUGAAUGCAAACACGAAAUGUCCACUGUCAUUCGGUCAUGGCAGGAGCAAGAACGACUACGUCUCAUGAAGGAGAAGGAGAAUGAAAGAAAACGGCUCGAGCAAGAACGAGAAAGAUUGAGAAUAGAGCAGGAGAAAGAGGCUGAAAGAAAGCUGGUUGAAAGUGAACGGGCACUAAAGGAGAGUAUCAGGUUGGCGUCAGUGCGAGCGGCCGCAUCAAGAACAAGGACGAUACCUACUUCAGCGAGGACAACCCAGACCACAUCAUCAACAUCUUUGCAACAGCCACCUUCGAGCACUACAUACUCACUCACUCCACGGCCGACUGUUGAUGCGCCGCAAGUCGCCACAAGCAUACGCCUGUCGGUAAUACCUAUCGAUUCGAAUGGCCCCCCCUUAUCUACACCAGGCAGUAUAUCCUGUGGGCAGACUGGCUACUUUGACUGCGCAUCGGAAUAUGGUGGCGGUUGCUGCCCGGUAGGCUUCGCCUGCAGCAAGGGUGAUCUUUGCGUGUCGCCCCAGUUGGAAAAGGAAAAGCCCAUGGCACCUUUGCCAUGCCCGGGGCACAAUGGAUACUUCGCUUGCGAAGAGAAGAUUGGCGGGGGAUGUUGUCCAGCAAACUACACCUGCAUCAAGGAUAGUCGAGCCCAGUGUCGCCUAUCGCAGUUGAAUCUGAUACUUACCAACGUCAACCGCCUUGCAACACGAAUUCCGAUACCAACGUCGUCUCCGAGAAGCGAAAGCACGAGCAUUACUGGUACUCUAGCACCAGCCCCUCACUCAGAGCAACAAUUCCGCGUUGGAACUCCCGGAGACGCGGCCGGCAUUAUCGUAGGGGGCAUCAUGGCUAUAGUUGCCUACUUCCUCGGUAGCUAUCUUUUAUUCAUCUACAGACAGCGUCUUCACGGUUCGCCUCUCAACAAAAGCUUUCGCGUCUUGGAAGUUCGAUCUCAAUGGAGAGAUGCAAGAGCAAAGGCCAGAAGCGAGCUCCCUUCCCAUCAUGGAAUGUCCGAGUUGGCCGCUUCCAGACCAACAUCUUCUUUGCCGCCUCUUCCUUCGCUGCCAGCGGCGGGACCACCUCUGUCUGUUGCGGUGGACGUGACGAGGGAAAGGCAGGUGGAUAUCACACAUCCCCUCCCACCACCACCACCCCUGAAACUGAGGCCACCACUCUCGACGUCGCCGGACACUCCGAUGGCCACACUGCCAGUGUCCCCUCCAUCGGCCACUGUUCCAACCCUGACGCCGACCGGCAUCUCUCCUGUGUCAACAAAGAUGACGAACAUUGUGACGCAGCACGCUCCACUAUCACCGCCGCCGAGGAUCCCACUUCCCCCUACACCCAUGCAGGGAAAUAUGCAUAGGUUGAGCGUGCUGGAACACACCAAGAUGUCAGGAGCCCUUGGGACAGCGGAGGAUGGUAAGAAACAAGGGAUGGAAGGCAUUGAUACCGGAGGAGUGGUGUUGGAGGUAUGUGCAGACGAACAAGAAAAGCAAGAGGAUAGCAGCUCCGCAAGGGCAGACAGCAGCACGAUUGUCUGGAUGUAGCUCGAUUGACCAAAUGUGAACAUGGCCAUGACUGAAUGUGGCGGCAAAAUGGGGGACCCUCUUAAGGUAUUGGAGAAGUGAGGUUAUGCAGGUUAUGCA